AUGCGCUCAAAACAUCACUACCAUCAGCGGCUCAGCGCCCACGAAAUAAGGAAAUGGCACUCUGAGGCGCGUCAGAAGCGGCUGCAUGAGCGGUGGGUGCCGUAUUCCCUCCGGUGGAAGGGAGGGAUCUUUUUACGCGUGAUGCCCCAGAUGAUAUUUGCUGGACUAUUCUCCGCGGCGAUUUGUUCUGUCCUCAGCUUUACGGGCCUCCACAUCGCGUUGAGAUCGCCGAUUCUGUUCACGGCAUUUGGGUUCGUCGUCGGCAUUGCGAUCUCGUUCCGCAUGACGGCGAGCUACAAUCGUUGGUGGGAGGGCAGGAUGCAGUGGGAUCAUCUCUCGGCUGUGUCCAGGAGUAUGGCGAGGACCGUCUGGUUGCAUGUUCCACCGCCGAAGGCGAAGGAGUUGUCCGUGGCGGGUAUGAUGAACGAAGGACAAGGUGUUAGGGAUAAGAGGGCGGUUAUGAAGGUCAUUCAUGCGCUGGCGGUCGCGUUGAAACACCAUCUGCGUGGUGAGAGGGAGUGGGAUGAUCCUGAGGUUUUGGGGUUCAAGGAGUUGCUGGAUGGAAUUGGAGAGUACCCGUACAACUCCAUCAACCACCCGCUCACCCUGUCCCUCUACCUAAGCUCCUACGUCGAGCACGCCCGCACCACCACUGCGAUCGAUACCCAAGUCCUCACCCACCUCCUCACGCACGUCGACACCUUCACCUCGAUCAUUUCCGCGUGCGAGCGCCUCCUCCGCACUCCCAUCCCGCUCGGCUAUCAGAUCGCCAUCUGUCGGCUGGUCUGGUUCUUCAUCCUCUGCGUCCCCAGCCAGCUGUGGCGCGAGCUCCGGUGGUGGACUGUUCUCGUCACCGUGGUGCUGGCUUACAUGGUCUUCGCCCUGGCCGAAGUUGGAUUGGAGAUUGAGAAUCCCUGGGGGGAGGGCCCGAAUGACCUCGAUCUCGAUAGGUAUUGCAAUCUACUAGCCCUCGAUCUAGAUGAGAUCACGAAUACCAUUCCGCCAAAGAGAGGGUGGGCCACGUUUGAUAUCGGCACCGGGAGCUCGAGUGCCUCGGUUACAGGCACUACUACGCCCACGCCUGCGCCGACACCAACGCCGACGCCGAGGAGCUGGGGGGUGUUGGUGGACGUGAGCGCCAGGCUUGAGGAAGAUAUGGGAGAUGUUGUGUAG